AUGUUGACAGAAGAGUGGUAUGAGCUCGAGGGAUGGACCCAGGACAUCUGUGGUAUCAUUUCAAUCGUGAACAACUUAUUCUUGAUGUAUCUGAUUCUAAUAAAGUCUCCAGUUGCACUCGGAUCAUAUAAAUGGUUGAUGAUGUUCACUACUUGCUUCGAGUUGGCUUACGCCCUUGUCAACUUGAUUGCUGGAUCUUCCGUCCGUACUUUUGGCUCUGCUUGGAUCGUCUUCCAAAAGUCUCGAUAUCGUCAUGAAAUCACACUAUUCCUCAUCGUAGUUUACUGCGCCUGUUUCGGAUUUUCUCUUGCGAUCAUCGCUUGCCAUUUCGUUUUUCGAUACGGAUCCGUGGAGCUUGAGUUCCGCAAUAAGUACCUAUCGGGCUACAAACAAAUCUUCCUCUAUGUUUUUCCUUUUUUCAUCAGCAUUGUUUGGGGUAUCAUUUGUUGGGUAUACUGUGGAGAGACUCCCCAGAGAACUGAUUAUUUACGGAAUAAAAUGAUGGACAACUAUCACCUGAAAAUUGAAGAUGUUGGAUACGUCAGCUCAUAUUAUUGGCCUGUGGAUGAAAAUGGUCAGGUACAUCCCGAUUUCGAUUCCUUUUUUGGAACUUCUCUGAUGUGGGUCAUUGUGGGAAUAUCUGUUAUGAGUGUUUUAUACUUUGGAAUCGGAUGUUACACAUGGAUUAGCAAGAAGCUGGAGUUCAUGAGUUCGCAAUCAGUUGCUAUGAAAUCACUUCAAAAACAACUAUUCAAUGCUCUAGUAGUCCAAUCGGCCAUCCCAUUUAUUCUAAUGUAUGUCCCUAUUGGAAUGGCUUUCGUUUUCCCAAUGCUCAAUAUUGAGCUAAAUUUGAAAUAUCCGUUCAUCUCUCUAACCGUUGCCAUAUACCCAGCAAUUGACCCACUUCCAUCAAUUCUAAUUAUUGCUAGUUAUCGCAAAGCUUGUAUUGAUAUGAUCAGAAGUUUGAAAUGUUGGGGAGACAAGGGAAAAGUGACUGCAAAUAACACAAGAGUCGAUUCAAUUGCCAUGUUUACUAUUAAAUGA